CGUGACGCAGUUACGUCACCGGUCGGUAGGCGGAAAAGCGGUGUGAUUCUGUAUGCAGAGAUAAAGCCAAACCGGCUGUACAUUGUUUUGAAGAAAUCGCACAGAGACGCGGUUUGAAGGUUUAGCUCUGAGCUUCUUCUUCCUCCUGCUGUUGCUGAAGCUGAAAAAGAUGGCGGUCCCUGCGGAUCACACAGAUGUACAGAUGGACAGAGGCGGCCUGAGCGGACAGACAGUUUCCUCUGGAAGCGACAUAGACAUCGACGAGAAAGAGUUGGAAAAUAUCACAAAGAACCACAAAGAGGACGUCACGCUGCCACUGCAUUCACCCUGGACGUUUUGGCUGGACAGGUCAUUACCAGGAACGACCGCUGCAGAAUGUGAAUCCAACCUGAAGAAGAUCUACACAGUACAGAGUGUUCAGAUGUUCUGGAGUGUAUACAACAACAUUCCUCCAGUCACAGCCCUGCCUUUGAGAUGUAGUUAUCACUUAAUGCGAGGAGAGCGAAGGCCACUGUGGGAAGAAGAAAGCAAUGCAAAAGGAGGAGUAUGGAAGAUGAAAAUACCAAAAGAAAGCACUUCUGCAGUAUGGAAAGAAUUGUUACUUGCUACUAUUGGAGAGCAGUUUGCAGAUUACUGUUCCUCAGAUGAUGAGGUCGUUGGUGUCAGUGUUAGCGUCCGAGACAGAGAAGAUGUUGUACAAGUCUGGAAUAAAGAUGCAACACUUGCUAAUGAAGCAAAUAUCUUGGGAAAGGUCCAUGAUCUCCUCCCGUACAUAUCUUUUAAAGCCGUUUUUUAUAAGCCUCACAUGGACCAUCAUGCCUUUGAGGGAGGACGCUCAAGACAUUAGAUGGUAUUGCACUUUUUUUUUUCUCUUAAAAAGAAACAACAACCCUGGACUCUUUACCUGCCUUGAUGUAAAGGCUCUGUCUGCAGCCUAAUCGAGGAUAUUAUUUUGCAUCGGACAACAAAAUGUUAUCCAUAUAUUUUUAUAACUUUUAAUGACUGAUGCCUUGUUUCUUUUUGAUGGGG